AUGCAGAUUCGGCUCUCGCCAAGCAUGAGAAGCCUCACGAUAGCUACCAGCAAUGGGUUUCUAGACCUGAUGAAGGUCAGGGUCGCAGCCCGCCACAUUUCCUACCGGACCCUCUUCCACACAAUCCUCAUCCUCGCCUUCCUCCUGCCGUUCGUAUUCAUCCUCACUGCAGUCGUCACGCUUGAGGGCGUCAAUAAGUGUUCCACCUUCGGUAAUUCUGGAAUCCUUCUGCUGCAAAUCUGCUUUCAUUCAUUGACUUUAUAAUUCUAAUUUAAUUUGGCUUGCUUCUGAUCUGCUUCGGACGAUCCGAUGUGUGUCACAUUUUCAGUUAUUUGUCUUUUCAAUUCAAAUCUAUGCUUGCUGUUCAUUUCUUGCUUUCCUUUACAGCUUUUUGUGAUUUCCUUGUGAUGUGAUUGCCGUUUUGUGCUUCUGAAUUCUUUCAGUUCCUAAAUAUUCAAUGAUAUGAACCUUAAAAUCAUUUGGCUACUUACUUUAUAUUUUUUACUUUAUUUUCAUUUUUUGUAAGCUUGCCCAACUGAUCUUUGAUUCUCUGGCUAGCAAGUAAACUUAUGUACGCUAAGAAGGGGAAUAAUUUUAUUUUUUUAUUCAAUACUAUUAUUCCCUUUCUCAUCAGGAAGUAUCAUCUGACUCUGGAUACAUCAUCAGCUGCAUCUGUCUGUGGACACUUCAUCAUGUAGAAUUAAUGGUUUCAAUUGGGGGGAUAACUCCUUCUGAUCAUGUUUUCAUUACUAUUUCACCUAUCUUGUUUUAGGGGAUUUCAAUGCCAGUGUUGAUUGUUUAGAUUUGGUGGAAUUCAUUUAAUUUAUUGAUUUCAUCAACCGGGGUUUGUGCUGGGUUCUACAUGGAUGAAAACAGUAUUUCAUUGCAGCGGUCUGCCUUCCACUUGCCCUCAUGCUCUCUCCAAUUCCUAGCUCACAGUUCAGACCCAAACUUGACUUAUCAGAUCAGUGCAGUUUGCAUAAAUGUUCUUUAUUUCCAGGUUCAACUUCUAUGACGAAGCUUCCAAACACUCUCAGACUUUCAUAACAAUGAUCUCUUUAGUUGUGCAUGGGUUUGUGUUAAAUUACCUUUACUUGUCAUGAACUUAAUACUGUUCGCAUCUCAUUUCAUGGUUCAAUUUUUUCAUGUUCCUUGCCCUCCAAAUAUUUCGCAUGGAUAUUGCUGGUCGAUGCAGCUCUGUAAAUGUUUACUUUCCUGUGCAUCCUCCUCUCAUUUCCUAUGUUGCUUUUUCAUGUUUUGGAAUGUUGCUAUGGUUCAGCGGUUGAUACUUUAUCUUCAUAAUGCCGAUGAAAAUUUAGCAGUACAAUUCUGUUAUAUUUCUUAGAAAUGGAAUGUGCUGUUAUGUCUUAUCUAAAUCCAGUGACUUGAAAAUCUGAUCCUGAAUUCCCCCAUCUUUUUUUCCCGGGGAAGUUUUUGAUGCUUGAGUUGAUACUUUAUCUUCAUAGUUUUAGUGGAACGUUAGUAUCAUUAUGUAGUUACAGUUCUGAUAAUGUGCUAUUGCGUCUUGCUGAACUUAGUAACUUUCAAAUCUAAUAUUGAAUCCUCCUUUCUUUCAGAUUGUUUGGGAAGGCGAUUGGGACCAAAGUUUCUUACUCGAUCAGACGACUCUGUUGUAAGUAUUGUUGUUCUCUCGUUGGAGCUGAUCAACUACAUAGUUUGCAUAAAUGUUGAUGUAAUUUUGGCGGUCUAUACUCUGAUCUUACUCUUUCACCUUUUCUGGAUCACGCAGGUACUGAUCAAAGAUUUUUAUCACAUUCUUAAUCAAGUAAAUUCUGAGGAAAUUCCUGAUGGCCUAAAUUUGCCUGAGUCAUUUGAUGAAUUUCUUUCUGAAAUCAAGGGGAAUCAGUAUGAUGCCAAGACAUUUGCUCGAAUAUUAAAAGCGAUGGUACGAAAUUGACCCAAUAUUUUUAUCUUCUUAGCUUUUUUUGGGAUAGUGCCGUCACAAUGCCUUGUUUCCUCAGUUGUCAGCGAUAGCUACUUUUUAUUGGACCCAGUCUUUUCUUUCAUUUUAAGGGAUUAUAUGUGCAACGACAUCAUAUUUUAGUUUCAAAGUAAUGAUUUCUUCCAUGUUUUACUUGGUUUUUCUAUAAUUUUCGUGCAUAUUUUUUAGGCGGUUCCUUUGGGCUGCCAACAUUUGUUUUGCCCUUGAUUUUCUAAGACUGACUUCUGGGAAUGUUCCGAACAGCUGUGUUUUCCAGUAUUUCCAGGGUUUAAUAUCUGCCACAGAGUCUGCAAAUCAGUGAUGGUUGAUGCAGUUUUGAAUACCGAAGUGUGUGACAGUUCAUCUUGAUCAAUACCGCAUGGCCACAAUAGGGUUUGAACACCUUAUUCUUUGUUAUAAAUAGAAUUUAGCAUGGAAACCUACAUUUUGCCAUGAUGAAACUGGGAUGAGUGUAUAAUGUAAUUGCCCAGUAUCCAUCAAACAAAUUGAGAGUCCAGGGCUGACACAGAUACAAUGAAAAUCCCAUCCAUCCGAGGGCCUGAGCCAUACGUGCCUAGUUUUGUGGUGUACACAGACAUAGGAAAAACAAUCUUGACCUCAUGUUCAACUCUGUAUUUGUCACUGGCCGACUUUUAUGAGAACAUGGUCUUGUGCUGAAUCAUAUUGAUCACAAGCGAGAGCAAAACACAUGAGGGGAAAUAAAGGAUAAGUUCAAAGUUAUGCAUCUUUCUUGUCUGCUUGUCAAAACUAUUGGCCAUUUGGUGGGCGUGCAAGAGAAGGUGGGCCAAAUUAAUCUGCAAAUGGUUAACCGGAGAUGGUACUGCCCUGAUUUUUUAAAAAAAAGAGAAAAGCAAACCAAGCAAUCACAUACUUUAUAUUCCGAAUUAUUGAAACUUAAAAGUAUAUAUGUGUAGUCAUGAACGAUAUCGAUGGGAUAUCUUUUCAGGUUUACAGAUUUAUUUUCCAUUUAACUUGAAGAUAGUUGGAUUUACAUGGGAUUUUUAAAAUAGACUGUUGGGAGACUGAUUCCUGUUGUCUGAGGAACUAUCAUGUGCAAUGUGCUCAUAAAUAUGGCUUUCCUAGCCUAGACUCUCUAAACUUUAUGUUUCAAUUCUCACUGAUUCCGGUACAAUCCCCAAAGGGGCUACAAUGAAUUAAAUGACAAAAUUUCUAGGAUUAUGAACCACUUUUGUUCGAUAAAUAUUUCAUUUUCUUGCAGAUGGAAAAUCUGGAUAAGGAGGCAAAAAGGUCAAGGUUGGCAGAGCAGUUGAACAAACACUUUGCAGCGAGUGCGAUUCCAAAAGGGAUUCACUGUCUGUCCUUACGUUUAACUGAUGAAUACUCAUCCAAUGCCCAUGCUCGUAAACAGCUACCAGCCCCGGAGUUACUCCCGUUGUUAUUUGACAACUCCUGUCAGCAUUUUGUUCUAGCAAGUGACAAUAUCCUUGCGGCUUCAGUUGUUGUUGCCUCGACCAUCAGAUCUUCCUUGAGACCUGAAAAAAUUGUCUUCCAUGUGAUUACGGACAAGAAGACAUAUGCGGGUAUGCAUUCAUGGUUCGCAUUGAACCCUCUGCCCCCAGCGAUUGUUGAGGUGAAAGGAGUUCACCAAUUCGACUGGUUGACAAAAGAAAAUGUCCCUGUGCUUGAAGCCAUAGAGAGCCAUCAUGUGGUCAGGAAUCACUACCAUGGCAAUCACAUUGUGGGAACCAACGCUGGUGACAGUCCGCGGGUGUUUGCUUCAAAACUACAGGCCAGGAGUCCAAAAUAUAUUUCUCUGCUUAACCAUCUUCGUAUAUACCUUCCAGAGGUAAAUUGUUUCGCUGCAUUAUUAUGAUUAUAUAACUGAUUUCGGAUUAUUUCCCUGCUGUAUCUGCCAUGAUCUUCCUGGGUCUACUGUCUCCGUGAACAUGAUUUUGCAUUGAACAGGUGUGCUCCAUUUUAGACGAGAGCAUGCUAGAAGGGUGAUGUACAAUAUAUGUUUAUUAACUAAUUUCUUCGUUUCUUUCUAAUCACUUACAAUGCUAAUCCAGAUUCGUAUAACCAAUGAACUCAUUGAUUAUCGUAUUCUGUAAGGGAUUGUUUUUACGGGUUAGGUUUAUGGUUCGUAAACGUUGCUUCGUAGUUUUGUUAUUCAUCUCAUCAGGAAAAGGAUUGAUGAAUUGUAGUAGUUCCGUUGGUUAUUUUCUGAUAUGGGCAACCACCCAAGAGACUAAAAAUGACCCGAAAGAAAGCAUAUGAGAGCAAGGCUAGGGUCACCCUGAACUCACGGAGGACGUCUGGAAUUGCAUAUCCUGUUCUUUAAUAUUAAUGAAUUUUGGCAUAAGAGAAGGUGGCCUCUUCUUAUCUUUGGUUAUAUUUAACCACUUAGUACCUUUGAUUAUAUUCUACUUUUGAACCCUUCUUUAGAGAGCUGGGGGUUGGCAUGCGAUUGUUUUCAUUAUCAUGACGUAAAUUAUGCAGAUGGUUAGAUAGAGGAUUAUUUUAGACAACAUUUUUUCGGAAGCUUGUUGGGAAGUUGAGAUCAUUAUUGUGGAAUGAUGAGACUACUCUGCAUCCCGGCUGAUAACAAUGACCUGAUUAUACAGGCUCUGUCUGUGCAUCCUGAGUAGAUUUUACUGCGUAUUCACUCCAGUGUUCUCAUUUAUUCUAUAUUUCUCAUGUAGACUCCUUACUUUGUCCAGGGAAAUCAUGAUUAGUAGAAUAGUCCUUGCCUGAAAAAUAAUGAAAUAGUUGGAUUGAGACCAUGCAUGAUCCAGAAAGUAGACCCGAGGUUUGACAAGAUUGAUUUUUUUUCCCGCAUGACCAAAUUAAACUAGGGAGAAUCCCUUGUUAAUUCAUUGAUGACAUUGGGUAAAUUGCUCGAAUGUAUUGCCUCGUUCACUUAUUUGCUUUCAUGAAUCGCAUUUUAUCAAACUUGAUAACCUGGAAAUAAAAAUAAACAACGAUUGAUGAGCUAACGCUUCCUAAAAUUUGCAAGCAGCUGUUCCCGAGACUGAACAAGGUGGUCUUUCUCGACGAUGAUGUAGUCAUCCAACGUGACUUGUCUCCUUUGUGGGAGAUCGACCUCAGUGGCACUGUAAAUGGAGCUGUGGAGACCUGUAGAGGUGGAGACAUCUGGGUGAUGUCCAAACGCUUCAGAACAUACUUCAACUUCUCUCACCCUCUCAUAGCACAGCAUCUAGACCCCGAUGAGUGUGCUUGGGCAUAUGGAAUGAACAUUUUUGAUCUGAGCGCAUGGAGGAAGACAGAUAUUAGAGAUACAUAUCAUUAUUGGCUAAAGGAGGUAAAAGUUUGGUCUUACCUUCACUUCAGGCAUUCUUUGCGGUCUGCAUCUAUGAUUUGGGUUCUUUCAUGGUUUAGUCUGAUACUCUGUGUUGGGGAAGGGGUUAUAUAUUGAUUUCACCUCCCCCAUGCAAUGAAUCUUUAGGAUAGUUGAUGUUUUAUUUUUCCAGUUGUUUCUAUCUUUAAACUAAACCCAGAUAUCCUAUAAAUCAGAAACUUACCAUACUGUGAAGUGUUGACAUAUGAUCUCUCUCUCUCUCUCUCUCUCUCUCUAUCUCUCUCUCUCUCUCUCUCUCUCUCUCUCUCUCUCUCGCUCGCUCUCUCUCGCUCUCUCUCGCUCUCUCUCUCGCUCUCUCUCUCUCGCUCUGUAUCACAGAAAGAAUGAAGGAAGACGUCUUGUAUUCAUAGGCAUUCCUGUGGGUUAGUUCAUGUAUUUGUCAUGUUGGAAGCCAUAAUUAAAACUAAACUGAUUCUCUCUAUCACCACAUGAUCCAUGCUAAGAGAACGAUUUUUUUCUUUCCUUCCUUUUCCCAUCAAUAUUUACCAUCUGUGAUGAUACACUCAAAUAGAUCCACAAUCCAGCUCAGCUCAGCUCUACUUGUAUCAAAAUCAUCGUGAGUGUCUAAAAUGAUCAUGUAUCCAAUUAACUGGGCCAGCGGAUUCUGCUUGGAUUUUGGAGCAUAGGCUAAUGCUUUUCUGCAUUCUUUUUUCUUCUGCUAUGAGAUUUGAUCUUGGAGCGUGAUCUACUGUUUUUCUUGAUUCCCCGUCCUUCUGAUGUCUCCAGAAAGCAGACAUAUGAGUCUGCUUCCUGCCGGUAUAUUGUAGAUUCUCUUCUUCGACGAUUGAUACAGUUUUCUCAUAAACAUAAUAAGAUCAAACACAUUAUGAUCCAUAUUUUAUCCUAGUGAAACCUCAUCGAACCUAAAACACUGAACAUUUGCUAGUGGUGAUUGGUUAAUACGACCAACAAUGAACAACAAAUUGUUUGACAAAACUCCAGACUCUAUUGUCCGAAAAUAGAAAAUGUUUAAUAGUUUUGGAGUAUUGCAAAGAGAUGUUAUAACUUGCGGAUCUAUCAUCUUCCCAAGCAUAAAUGCUGUACAUUCUCAAUAUUACUUGAAGCAUCAAGGCCCAUGUGAAUAAUGCUUGUGGCAUUCCCAGUGAGUUGACAUUACCCUCUUGAGACAAAAACUAGUAAUGCUUAUGCUUCAUUUGGCCCAGAAUCUGAAGUCAAACUUGACACUGUGGAAGUUUGGGACGCUGCCGCCGGCGCUGAUAGCAUUCAGGGGCCACGUCCACCCGAUUGACCCAUCCUGGCACAUGCUGGGCUUGGGCUACCAAGAGAACACCGAUCUUGACAGUGCCCGGCGAGCUGCCGUGAUCCACUACAACGGGCAGGGCAAGCCCUGGCUGGACAUUGGAUUCAAGCACCUCCGGCCCUUCUGGUCAAAGUAUGUCAACUACUCCGACGGCUUCAUCAGGAGCUGCCACAUCUUGGAGCCUCAGAAUUAG